AUGAUGGAUGAUGAGUCUCACUGGGUAUCAGAGGCUAGGGUGCUGUGCCGUGACUGGGCAGCUCAGACUUCACGUCAAUUGUCCAUCAUGAAGGGCGAAGGUUACCAGAAGGGCACCAAGCGUCGCCCAGAGUCGAACUGGAACCGCGAUCUGUUACAGAUCGCGGAGCCGAGGGACAACAUGGAAGACUACUUUGCGAACGUUCUGAAGACCAUCAAGCCGAUCUAUCAGGAGCUGGUACGCGGCAUCCAGAGUCUGCUCGACGCCACCAAGGCCAAGAUUCGGGAAGAUCAGCAGCUGAAGGUGAUGGGGGUUGAGACUUUCCUGGACAGCUUCGUGCACGAGAGGAAGACCAUCGUCAAGUUCAUGAACGACUUCUUCAAAGAGAUGCGAAGUGACAUUGGCAAUAUCCAGCAAGACGCAAUGGUUGCAUCUUCCAACUCGCACAUUGCGGAAGCCAUGCGCCCCAUCUACGCGGAGGUCUGCCAGAUCAAAGGUAGAGGCGGUCCCGACAAACGCAGUGCAAUAUUCGAGAAGAAAGUCGCUCGAGUGGGCGGCGUCUGGACAUCAGUCCGCAACGGCAUCGAGAAGGAAUUCAGCAUUCGCUUCGGUGCCAGCCUUCAUCGCAUCGAAGAGGUCGCCACUGAGAUGUUCGAGAACAUCCACAAGAAGUUCAACCUGAUGUGCAACGACACCAUCGUCAAGGACCCGAAGGAGAAGUCCAAGGAGGAAGAGCUUCGCAAGCAAUUGCAGAAGCAACUCAUCGUGGCGAAGCAGCUGCUCAAUGGGCCAGUGCGUGAGGCGGCUGAGGCUUGCAAGGACUACAAGCCAGAGGACCCAACCUCGCUCGUCGUUGGCGAGCACUAG